GGCUAUUACCCCUGCUUUUUCAAGGGCGAAAACGUGAUUCUUCUGCUGUGCGUGGUUAUAGAUAUCGUUCCCCUGCCCGCGGACAAAAGGCGCUCAACGGUCUUCAUGGAUAAGGUCGACUACUGUGCGAAGGUAGAUAAUAUACCGAUGGGCAAGGAUUCGUAUUUGCCGUCGACCGCCAGCGAGUUCAAGAAACUCUAA